AUGGCAGAGCACCACGAGGAGGUCAGCUGGGGAGACAACAAGGAUGAUGAUCUCGGCACAAUGCCUUCUUGCAAGGACGACGACAAGCUCUCCUACAGACGGCUCCGCUUACUUGGGCAGGGCUCGUUUGGCAAGGCCUUUCUAGCCCGAGACUUGUCGAACAACGAGCUCGUUGUCAUGAAGCAGGUCCGUGUAGAGAAGAUGGAUGCCAAGGCUCGCGACACUGCGGUCCGCGAGGCAGUGGCCCUUCGCCGUGUCCGUCAUCCCAACGUGGUGCGUUUCCGGCAAGUGUUCGUCCGCUCCGGCUGGCUCUGUUUAGUCAUGGACUUUGCAGACGGCGGGGACCUGUGCGCGGCAGUGAAGGAGCGUGGCAAAUCGGGAGCGCCGUUCGAAGAAUCGGCCGUGCUGGAGUGCUUCUCCCAGGUCGCCGAUGCAGUGCGCUUUGUCCACGCACAGAAGAUGGUCCACAGAGACAUCAAGUCAAGGAACAUCUUCCUCUGUCGCACUGGAAAGGCCUUGCUAGGUGAUUUCGGUCUCGUGCGUCUGCUCGAGACGACUUGCGAGCUGGCGCAUACACGUGUUGGCACGCCGUACUACCUGAGCCCGGAGAUCAUCCGCAAGCAGCCUUACAACUACAAGACGGACGUGUGGAGCUUGGGUGUGCUGCUGUAUGAGAUGGCAGCCCUCAAGCGGCCGUUUGUUGGCACACUGGAGAGUCUUCCAAAGAUCAUCAUCAAGGGCGAAUACGAGCCCUUGGGAAGCCACUACAGUGCAGAGCUGCAUGGUUUAGUGGCCCGGAUGCUGGCCAUCGAUCCGGCGCAGAGACUUGAUCUCCUCUCUGCGCUGAACGAGGAGGUCCUCGCUGCUCCGCUCCGGAGAGCUCGUGAUGCUCUGGGCCUGGAGGUUCCCGAGGAAUCGGGCAGCGCCGGUGCCGGUCGCGCCGACCGCAUCCGGAAGGAGAUCCAGGAGACAAGCGAACACAACCAAUCGGAAUGGAUUGGGUACAACACCAUGAUCCGACGUAAGGAAGAAGGGCCGCUGGUCGGCGAAGCCAAGAAGGGCAUCGUCGAUUUAUCCGAAGCCCGAGCUCCUCCUGGCAUUGAAGGUACAGUGGGGCCUGGUGAUUGGAGCACCGCGCAGCAGCGGGAUCCCGACUCAGGGGAGGAAGAGCUGGCAUCGGCUUCGGACGACUCCUGGGGCUCUGUCGUGAAGACAGGCGUGGAUGCCCUCCAAGAGAUCAUGGAGAAUGGCAAGUGA